GAUAAUAAUGGUGACGGACGUGCAGCUGGCCAUAUUUGCCAACAUGCUCGGCGUGUCAUUAUUCCUGCUGGUCGUGCUGUAUCACUAUGUUGCUGUCAAUAACCCCAAGAAGCAGGAGUAGAGUCUGCUGAAAUGAGUGGAGAGGUGAGAUGGGACUCCCACCACCAUGGAAACAACAUUCCCCACGUCAAGGCCUCUUUCCAAAAGAUGAAUUUCUUUGUAACAUUGCACAGUAGUGUUUUUUCUAAUAAAAAUGUUUGAAAUCAAUUUGAA